ACCCGGCCAGGGGAACGUGGGCACCAGGCAGGGAGCGCGCUCCGGGCGCUGGGGACGCCGGGGACACCCGGGGCCCCUCCUUGCCUCCCAGCCCCGGGUCACCGCACUCCGGCUCCCGCCCCGCGCCUCUGGAGGGAGGUACCGAGGGACGCCGGGCGAAGGGGCUUUGCUAAUUGCCAAAGCAGGAAGUGAGCUCGUGGAAGAAGCCGAGCAGAAGAAGAAGGAGGGAGGAGGAGAAGGCGGAGGAAGGCCGGGGCGCGCGGGGCCGCGGCACUUUGCUCCUGGAGCGUAGAAGCCGCAGGACUGUCCAUCCCCGUGGUCCCACUGUCCUCCCGCGCCCCGGAGGCCGGCCAGCCCCGCUCGGACGCUCUUCUGCCCCUAACCCGCCCCCAUGGCUUCACCGGAGGACCCUCUGCGCGCAGAUCAUAUGGCAAAGGAACCAGUGGAAGACACAGAUCCCAGCACUUUAUCCUUUAACAUGUCAGACAAAUAUCCCAUUCAAGAUACGGAACUCCCUAAAGCUGAAGAAUGUGAUGCAAUUAGUUUGAACUGCCCACCAAAUUCAGAUAUGCAAAACCAGGGAGAAGAAAAUGGCUUUCCAGAUAGCACUGCAGAUCCCCUUCCAGAGAUCAGCAAGGACAGCUCCUGCAAAGAAAACUGUACUUGCUCCUCCUGCCUGCUCCGGGCCCCCACCAUCAGUGACUUGCUCAAUGAUCAGGACCUAUUAGAUGUGAUCAGGAUAAAGCUGGAUCCAUGUCACCCAACGGUGAAAAACUGGAGGAAUUUUGCAAGCAAGUGGGGCAUGCCCUAUGAUGAAUUGUGCUUCCUGGAGCAGAGGCCACAGAGCCCCACCUUGGAGUUCUUGCUCCGGAACAGUCAGAGGACGGUGGGCCAGCUGAUGGAGCUCUGCAGGCUCUAUCACAGGGCCGACGUGGAGAAGGUUCUGCGCAGGUGGGUGGAGGAGGAGUGGCCCAAGCGGGACCGUGGAGACCAUUCCAGGCACUUCUAGAGCGCUUCUGCUUCCUUCCUUGGCCUCUUUGGACGUUGAAACAACCACGAGUCAAGAAGGAAUGUGAAUCAGUUCUUUUGUAAGAGUUUAGGAUAAGGACGUGGAACAGUGGACGCUGGUUUUCCCCGAAGUUGGCGGUUUUGCGGAGGGGCAGCUUGUUUUGGUGGCGGAUCUCUGUUUAUUUUUGCACAUCUAUUUUAAUUUAAUAUUUGAAUCUGGAAUUAGGAAAAGAUAUUUUCGAGUCUCCUGUAAGGGCCAAAGUCCUAUAAUCGGAAUGGAUUCAUGCCAUGAUGAAAAUAAAAUGAUCCUCUGCCUGAAAUACGGCUAAAGAUUUAAAUAGGUCCUGAGACUGUUGAGAGCCCCAGACAUAGACACAUUUCAUGUAACAUCCCUCCUGAUCAGUGCCAUUCCACAGUUUUGAAGAAAACAGCAAUGAACGCUCACCAUGGUGUCUGCAACACCCUCUGCUUCUCUCCUAGGCGAUGAGACCCAGAAGCUAGAAAUUCACCAUGUCUAUUUUCAAGAUCCAUGCCAGGGAGAUCUUUGACUGUCGUGGGAAUCCCACUAUUGAGGGUGAUCUCUUCACCGCAAAAGGUCUCUUCAGAGCUGCUGUGCCCAGUGGUGCUUCAGCUGGUAUCUAUGAGGCCCUAGAGCUCUGGGACAAUGCUAGGACUCGCUAUAUGGGGAAGGGUGUCUCAAAGGCUGUUGAGUACAUCCAUAAAACUAUUGCACCUGCCCUGGUUAGCAAGAAACUGAACGUCACAGAACAAGAGAAGAUUGACAAACUGAUGUUCGAGAUGGAUGGAACAGAAAAUAAAUCUAAGCUUGGUGUGAAUGCCAUUGUGGGGGUGUCGCUCGCCGUCUGCAAAGCUGGUGCUAUUGAGAAGGGGGUUCCCCUGUACCACCACAUCGCCAGCUUGGGCGGCACUUCCGAAGUCAUCGUGCCAGUCCUGGCAUUCAGUGUCAUCAAUGGCGGUUCUGUGCUGGCAACAAGCUGGCCAUACAGGAGUUCAUGAUCCUCCCAGUGGGUGCCGCAAACUUCAGGGAAGCCAUGCACACUAGAGUGGAGGUUACCACAACCUGAAGAACGCCAUCAAGGAGAAACAUAGGAAAGACAGCAAUGUGGGGGCUGAAGGCAGGUUUGCUCCCAACAUCCUGAAGAAUAAAGAAGGCCCGAAGCUGCUGAAGCCUGAGAUUGGGAAAACUGGCUACGCUGCCAAGGUGGUCAUCAGCCUGGACAGAGUGGCCUCCAAGUUCUUCAGGUCUGGGAAGUAUGACCUGGACUUCAAGUCUCCCAAUGACCCCAGCAGGUACAUCUCAUCCGACCAGCUGGCUGACCCGUAGAAGUCCUUCAUCAAGGACUACCCAGUGGUGUCUGUUGAAGAUCCCUUUAACCAGGAUGACUGGGGAGCUUGGCAGAAGUUCGCAGCCAGUGCAGGAAUCCAGGUAGUGAGGGACGAUUUCACAGCGACCAACCCAAAGAGGAUUGCCAAGGCCAUGAAUGACGAGUCGUGCCACUGCCUCCUGCUCAAAGUGAACUAGAUUGGCUCCAUGACCGAGUCCCCUCAGGUGGAAGCUGGCCCAGGCUAAUGGGGGGUGUCAUGGUGUCUCACUGUUCUGGGGAGACUGAAGAUACCUUCAUCGUGGACCUGGUGGUGGGGCUGUGCACUGGGCAGAUCAAGGCUGGUGCUCCUUGCCAAUCUGAGCGCUUGGCCAAGUACAACCUGCUCCUCGGAACCGAAGAGGAGCUGGGUGGCGAGGCUGUUUGCCGGCAGGAACUUCAGAAACCCCCUGGCCAAGUAAGCUGUGGGGAGGCCAGCCCUUCAGUCACCUGUUAGCUAAUUAGACCCCUCCCCUCGUGUCAGCUUGGGCAGCUUGAGGCCCCCGACCAACACUGGCAGAGGUCCCUGCUAGUUAGCUCCCCUCCCCCACCGCCAUGGAGUUCGCACCGCUUCCUUAGAACGUCACAGAAGCCAAGCUCCCUGGAGCCCUGUCGGCAGCCCUAGCUUUGCAGUCGUGUAACUGGCCCAAAUCAUUGUUUUUCUCGCCUCACUUCCCACCAAGUGUCUGGAGACAUGUGAGCCUCCAGGGUCAUCUCCAGGGUGGCCACAGGCAAGAUCCCCAGUGAUUUUGUGCUCAAAAUAAAAAAGCCUCAGUGACCCAUGA